UUAGAGAGGCUGAACUUUCAGGCUCAGCGCGUGCAGCUUCGUUUCAGUUUGUCGCACGAGUAAGUCGCUUGAUUGGGAAGCAUGGCGGAAAACGGGGUGAACAGCGGAACAGCUACUUUUGACAAACCCAAGGUUGAACUGCAUGUACAUCUUGAUGGUGCCAUCCGGAUCGAGACCAUACUUGAUGUGGCCAAGAGGCGAGGUAUUACCCUCCCUGCAACCACAGUGCCCGAGAUGACCAGCCUGUGCUCAAUGGAUAAGCCGGGAACACUCACCGAAUUCUUGGGCAAGUUUAACCAGUACAUGCAUGUCAUUGCAGGGGACAGAGAGGCCAUUAAAAGAAUUGCCUAUGAGUUUGUGGAGACCAAAGCUAAAGAAGGAGUGAUUUACGUGGAGGUGAGGUACAGCCCGCACUUAUUGGCCAACUGCAAAGUGGAGCCGAUACAUUGGAACCAGAAAGAAGGUGACGUGACACCAGACGACGUGGUGCAUCUUGUGAAUGAGGGCCUGAAGGAGGGAGAGAAAGCCUUCAGGAUCAAAGCUAGGUCCAUUUUGUGCUGCAUGCGGCACAUGCCAAACUGGUCCAUGGAAGUGGUGGAGUUAUGUAAGAAGUAUCGAAACGAUGGCGUAGUGGCCAUAGAUAUAGCAGGAGAUGAAUCUCUAAACUGUGAAACCUGUCCUCUUCACCGCGAAGCCUAUGAGGAAGCAGAGAAAAGUGGCAUCCACAGAACAGUGCAUGCGGGAGAGGUCGGCCCUUCAUCUGUUGUGAGAGAGGCUGUCGAAGUGCUGAAAGCAGAGCGUAUUGGACAUGGUUAUCACACAAUCGAAGACGAAGUUCUGUACAAACAGCUGCUUGAACAGAAUAUGCAUUUCGAGACAUGUCCAGUCUCCAGUAUAAUGACAGGAGCUUGUGAUCCAGACUUCACUAAGCAUCCACUCAUCAGGUUCAAGGAAGACAAAGCAAACUACUCUCUGAAUACGGACGACCCUCUGAUUUUAAACUCCACCUUGGACUCUGACUACCAGGCUGCGAAGCAGUACAUGGGCUUUACUGAAGAAGAGUUUAUGCGGCUGAACAUAAAUGCAGCCAAGUCGUGCUUCUUGCCUGAAAAGGAGAAGAAGGACUUACUGAAUCAGCUCUACGAGGCCUAUGGCAUGAUCAACGACACUAGCUUCUAAGCACAGAUCACCUAACCGAAAGCAGACUGAGCCUUUCCGAUACACUCCCACAGGAAUUAAAUCCCUUAACUAAGCACUUACUUCAAUAACAGAGAGCACUCCCUCUUUUUGUGUUUACCACACAGUAAUUAAGUACCACCUCACAUUUAUAUAUAUAUAUAUAUAUAUAUAUAUAUAUAUAUAUAUAUAUAUAUAUAUAUAUAUAUAUAUAUAUAUAUAUAUAUAUACAUACACACAGUAAUUAAGUACCACCUCACAUUUAUAUAUAUAUAUAUAUAUAUAUAUAUAUAUAUAUAUAUAUAUAUAUAUAUAUAUAUACACAAUGGCGUAAAUAUUAAAUAGAUAAAAUCCUGAAAUGCUAAUCCUUCUGCUUUUGUGGCUGCAGUGCAGACACCUUUACAGCUCUGAUGAAGUACGAACAAGGUCAGAUCAUUUUAUUAAAACCAGCAUAUGGCAAAAUAAAUAUAAAAUGGAAAGCCGGAAUUAGGAUAUGGAUAAUGUAUUUCUUUAAGAUGUUAAAUUCAGAAUUAUUGGCACCCUUCAUUAAGAAUCUUACAUCAUGUGUUGUGUUCAGGUGAAAGCAAAACUCUUUGGUCUUGCACACCAUCAGCAACAAAAUGGAGAUUAAAUACAACACAACGCACCUGAUAUGCGCAGUACAAUAUGGUGGGGGCUGUUUGGUGGGGCUGGCCGGUGGUUUAGUGGCUCUUGUGACGAUUGCUGUAGCAGGAUAUUUUGGCCCACAACCUUGUUGCCUUUGCCAGGAGGUUCAGACUUGGCCAAAGAUAGAGCUUUCAACAAGAUGAUGAGCCAAACGUAAAAUAUUAAUUGUAGGGAUACUGGUAAUUGUGAAACUAGAGAUAAAAUUGCUAUAUUUUAAAAAACAUUUAAAUAAAACUACACAAUGUCCUGACCUGUUAUUCUUUUUAUGGAGGGUGCCAAUAUUUCUGGAGGGCAGUGUACUACAGUACAUCAGUUUAGCUUGUUGCAUCUAAUAGAAGUUGGAGAUUUCAAAGAUAAUAACAUUUUUUUUCAAUAAUUUUUUACUCCAGAUUGUUGUGAAUACAAACCCAGGUUUAGAGCUCCAGCUGGUGCUUUUUAAAAUGAAUUAAUUAUAUGUUUGUAUGCCUUUUUAAUAUUGUUCAUGUAUGUAAAUCUCUUGUUUUUUUUUUUUAAACACCAUGCACACAUCGCAACAACAUGACUCAAGAUGUGUGUUCUGAAAUAUGUGAAUAUGUGUAUAAUAUUUUCUUUAUUUGAAUGCAAGGAAAUACAUUGUGGGCCGGCCCUCGUUUACAACAGUGCUGAAUUGAUGGGUUUUGCAUAAAAAGCUGCUCUAUCAAUGUCUGUACACUUUAUUAGGCUUGUUUUUUUUUUUUUUUUUUUUUUUUUUUAAAUAAUGGGAGAUUGGGCCCUCAAUUGCUUUCGCUGGAUUCAGAGGUAUAAUUGAUUAUAGUUUUGAUUAUAACAAAUGGAUUAAUGUGAUUAGCAUUUGUGAAUGAUUGAUAGCUGUGUGUAUUACAUAACCUGCAUUUUUACAUGCAUUUUUAUGUCCAUUUUUCCUGUAAGGCCUAUUUUACCAGGAGUGUCUUCAUCAACCAGCAGGCACCUCUGUGUCUGAGAAACAACACACAUUCAUAAAAAGGUUUUCAGACUGAGGUUUAAUGUGAUGUUGAGCCAUUUUGUGAGGAGACACUUGACAUCAGGUCAGAAUAAAACACAAAUUAGCAUGGUGCGAGGUGAUUCCUUAUGGUUUAUCGUGUGGUCUGUUAUGGCUAGGAUCACAUUUUAGGUACGAAUUAUGGUAUCUUAUGAGCUAUGGAAAAAUAAAAUACAGGACAGCUGACUGCACUUGCUGAAAAUCAUUAUUUAUGCUGAAAGAUGUGUUUUAGCUUGGACUGAAAUGCCCUAAGACAGACCAAAUAAGUAUUUUUUUUCUAUUUAUGCAUUUAUUUUUAGCCUACUAACCUGUGCAUCAUGAACAAAGUCUUAGUUGUUGUUGUUUUUUUUUAUUGGAUUGAUAUAUUUUUAAUUGCCCAAGAUUCCUUAUUCCAAGGCUUAAGCAAUCUUUACACCAAGCCUUAAUCAUGUAUUCCUUGUAUUUAUACAUGAUAAUAUAAUCCUCAUGCAGUCAUUCUUUUUACGUAACACUUUUUGGCUGCUUCCUGUGCAGACGUACAUAUCAGGGGUUCUUAAACUUUUUGUAUCCAGGACCCGCUUUAACUGUAAAAUAAAUUGCAUGGAGUGCCUCAGUAAUGAUUUACAUAAAGAACAUUUUUAAGAUGUCUACAAUAAUAUGUUGUCUAAUAAUUUCUGUUAAAUAGAGCUUUUUAUUGCUGGACUUUCCACUGACAGAACACAAUAGCUUCAAACUAACAUUGUUUUUAAUACUGAGGUGAUUGAGGUUUUAAUUAAAUGCAUUCAAUUCAAGUGACUUGUUGAGCAGACUGAUACCUGUAAGAAGUCAGUAAUAAAUAUAAUAACUUUCA